UGUACUGAGUUAAUGCUGUGACAUUAUGAUAGAGUGGGAGUUAUGGUUUUUGGAAGUGGUGUUAAUGAGUUGUUUCUCAAGUGCAGUAAUUUGCCUUUUUGUGCAACGAUGAAUCAUUUGAUUUUGUUUUUGUUUUUGUGGUUAUUUAAGUAAACAAUAAUUGAUGCGAAUAACUAAAGUUAUCACUGCACGAUAUAUAAACUGUCAUAUCUAGUUUCUGUUAUUGAUUGUCGCUAAGUCACAGAAUAGGACAUAAUAUAGAAGAUGAACUGUACAGGAACAGCGUCAGUGUAUGUUUUUUCAGUGUCACUGUGAUAUUUAUGAAACGAAAAACUUCUUCCUUUGGAACACACCCACGAAGGUGAAGGGCUUGCUAUCUAUCCAGUUCACGGUUAGCUGCAUUUCUGGUGCAAUAAAUUACUUGAUACAGGUUCCAAAGAAAGAAAUCCAAGAAAAUGGCUGCUCCAAAAUCCUUAGAUGACUUUAAUAAACUGUUAGAUACCUCAGAUACAAAAGUAAAACUAACUGUUACAAAUAACUUACUAGCCUACUUAUCAAACCCAGAAAACAGUUUAGAAUGUGAAGACAUCUGCCUUUUCAUGGAUGCAAUGGUACCCUGGAUGCAGUCAGGCAAUAGUAAGGUGUCACAGAACUCAAUUGAUGUUUUGACUAACUUUGCUGAUCGAAUGGGUACAGAUUUCAAACCAUAUUUGCAUAUGGUAAUAUCUCCUGUGGUUGACAGACUAGGAGACAACAAAGAAGUUGUGAGAGAGAAAGCUCAGCUUUUCCUUCUGAAACUUUUGGAGAGGGAAAUUACUUCACCGUAUUACUUGUUUGAGAAGUUGACAUCAGCAUUUUCUCACAAAAAUGCUAAAAUCCGAGAAGAAGUGUUAAUCUGUUUUCAGUCCGCACUGAGGGAGCAUGGACCUUCAAACCUUGGCUUGUCGAAACAUGUUCCAAGCAUUUUGAAACUUCUGCAUGAUCCACUUCCAUCCGUGAGAGAUGCAGCUUUUAAUACAUCGACUGAAAUAUAUCGACAUGUAGGGGAAAAAUUUCGACAAGAUAUCCAACAUCGCUGUAGUGCAAAAGAUAGAAAGAUUGCAACCCUUUUUUCGAAGUUUGACGAAAUAAAAAAUGAAGGUGGAUUGCUUGCCUCGGCCUGUGGAGCAGAAGAUUCUGCAAGGUCCUUUGAUGAACCUGAUGGAGAUGCUGGUGCUAUCCCGAAAUCUGGAAGACAGCGAUCUGCAAGUUUUUCAGUGAGGUCUGGAGUAGGCAAAGCAAUUUCACCAGGGCCGGGAUCUAAAACCAGGCGUUCUGCCUCCUUUCAACGUCAAUUGGUUACUGCGUCAUCUGCACCAGCAUCAGCAGGAGCCCUUGACGAGGAGCAUUUUGUGAAAGUUUUUGAGGAAGUUCAACCAGCCAAAAUUUUCACUGUGCGAGAAUUGGAAAAAGCGCUGACCAAAAUAACUGACAUCAUUAAUGAUCCAAAUAAUGAUUGGUCAAAACGUGUUGAGGCGUUGAAAAAACUACGAUCUGUUGUAAUGGCUCGAGCUGCUAAGCAUGAGGAAUUUUUCAAACACUUACGUUUAAUGGAGACACCAUUUUUAGGAGUUUUGAAAGAUCUGAGGUCACAGGUUGUGAGAGAAGCGUGCUGCACAAUAGCUUUUAUGUCUCGACAGCUAGGCUCAAAGUUUGACCACUUUGCAGAAAUUAUUCUUGGCAAUCUAAUUAAUCUGAUUCCAAAUUCAGCUAAGGUAAUAGCAACUGCUGGCCUAGUAACAGUACGCUUUCUCAUAAGGUACACUCACUCGCACAGACUGAUACCAGUGAUAAUAUCAAUUAUGCAAUCAAAAUCUAGGGAAAUCCGACGAGCAUGUUGUGAGUUUCUUGAAUUAAUUCUUCGUCUUUGGCCUGCUCAUAAACUUGAAAAACAGGUUGCAAACCUGCAACAAGCUCUGAGGAAAGGAAUGUAUGAUGCAGACAGUGAAGCUCGGCAGUGUUCCCGUAGGGCUUUCUGGCAUUUCCGGGGCCAUUUUCAUGAAAAUGCUGAGCAGAUAUUAAACUCACUGGAUAGUACACAUAAGAAAGCUCUUAAUCUUGAAAUGGGAAUGUUAAAUUCAAACAACUUCGUAGACCAGGAAACAGAAAGAGGAGGUAGGCUGGCAGCUGGAAGUGACUUUCCAAGAGGUCGAACUGUUGCAGAUGGAUCACCACGUCGAGGUUCAGCUCCUGGCCCUUCAGCACUCCGAUCUAAUAGUGCUAUUGAUCUGCAGGCAGCCCAACUUUUUGCUAUGAUGGAAGGUUUUGAGAAACUAUUUGACUUCAUGUUUGAUUUUAAACCACAUUUGCAUAAUCAGAGGCAUCUUCUUGCUGAAAAGUUUUCUACAAGCCGCUCAGGGUCUCCGUCUUCCAGACUAAGUUAUGCUACCUUUUCAAAUACAAACAGAGAAACAGGACAUGAUGGCAGACACCGUUGACCAUCCAGCAUCCCCCUCUCGACAGGACCUAGUCGUGAAGCUAGCAGAGAGACAUCGCCAAGUCGUUACUCUUUAAAUCUACUUGAUCGCUCAUUUGGCUCAAAAUUGAGAGGGAGGUCUGGACAUAUUGGCAAUGUGAGCGAUCGCCAAGGACAGUCCUGACCAGUGAUGGCCCAAAAAAUAUUACAACAGAGUCGGGAAGCUGAGUCUGCACUAGCUGAUGCCUUGACAUUCGACUCAGUUGAUGGAAAUGAAGUUGGCAGCCGAGUACCACUCAGCCGCAAGGCAUAUAGAUCAUUUGACAAUCAUUCAGAUGACAGUGAGACAUCCAGUGUGUGUUCAGAGCGAUCUCUUGAUUGCUACAGGAGGUCUGGUGAUAACAUAUCGGACAUCAUUAACAACUGUGCCAGCACACACAGGAAUGAGUGUAAGGAUGGGCUGGUCUCAUUACAAGCAUAUUUCCAAAAUGAAAACAGACUGAGACGCGUUGAACUCGAAUGAGUAACUGAAAUUUUUACCAAAAUGUUCAUGGACUCCCAUACAAAAGUCUUCAGUAUGUUUCUGGAUACUCUAAAUGAACUAAUUCUAGCACAUAAAGAUGAUUUACAUGAUUGGAUAUACAUUCUGCUUACACGUCUCAUGAAUAAACUUGGUGGAGAUUUGCUGGGUUCAAUCCAAAAUAAAAUACACAAGUCAUUAUCUAUUGUAAGGGAAUCAUUUCCACUGGAACUCCAAAUGAAUGCAAUUAUAAGGUUCCUGGUUGAUCAGACUCAAACACCCAAUUCUAAAUUUAAAGUAGCUGUUCUUCAAUACUUGGCCCAGCUUGCAUCCUAUAUGGAUGCCUCAUCCUUUAACCCAGGUGCCCGAGAAGCAGCUGCAGCUUUAGCAAAAGUAAUCAGUUGGACAAAUGAUCAGAAAUCAGCUGAAAUCAGAAAAGCCGCUCAGAACGCUCUAAUUGCAUUAUUCAACCUGAAUACACCUCAGGUGACAAUGAUUUUGUCAUCACUGUCUCCAGAUUACCAGGAAACAGCAGCAAGCCUUGUAAAUAGCCAUGUAAGGCGCAGUAGCACGGGAAGUUCGCCCCCAUCACCAUCACCACAUGUUCAGUCUCCAGCAACUCCACAGUCUAGGCCUUCUCUGGAGAUGGAUGAGGGAAGUCUCAAUCCAGAAGAAGUGUACAGGUCACUCCACAGAACAACCACAGAAAUACAGAAUUAUAGUUUUGAUGGUGGCCUCAGUUCUGUGAAAAUGCUGGAUAAGGAACGAGAAACUACAUCACAUGAUUCUGGCAUCAGUCAGAUGUCGUGCGGUAUGGUGAAAUUAGAAGAACAAAUGGAACAUCUUCUGUCAAUUAGUAGAGAACCUACAAAUUUGGAUGGCCAAGAUUCAGAUCAAGAUUACAAGAAUAUGCCAUCGUCAGCUCUAGUAGAAGAAAACUGUCAAAUUGUGCAGAAUGUGAUUGACACUUUAAAAGUUGAUGAUGAAGGAAAUGCAAAAGUAUCUGAGCAAGACUGUAAGAAAGCACUUUCUCAGUUAAAACACCUAAUAAAAUCUGGAGCCAUUGGUAUCAUAGUCUAUAAUUUCAAGGUUCUAUUAAGGAUUCUGGUGUCACAAUUGGCACUACCUCACUCUCCAGUGAAGACGUACAUUUUAAAUGUGCUACACGAUAUGAUCAAAGACCCGACUGUGAGACAUUGUUUUAAUAUGUACGUAGAGUUAAUCGUGCUGCGAACGCUAACAGCUUACAGUGACCCGUGCAAAGAG